GAAGGCCGUGAAUGACACCCUACCCUCCCUCCCGUUUGCCAGUCAAAGUCUCCCUUCCAUCCAGUUUCCAAACCAGACCAUCUCCUCACUCUCUCCUUCCUCCUUAAAACUCAGAAACCCAGCCAUCAAAUCUGACACAGAAACCCAAAUAACCAAAAUGACCCCAUUCUCUUUCCUUCUCUUGAUCCCCUGUCUCUUCUCUGCCGCCACCGCAAUCUCACCAGGCUCCACUCUCUUCGCCUCCAACCAAAAUCAGACCUGGUCCUCCCCAAACGCCACCUUCGCCUUCGGCUUCCUUCCCUCUGACCCCCCCACUUCACCCCCUUCCUUCAUCGCUGCCAUUUUCUACUCCGGCGGCAUCCCCGUAUGGUCCGCCGGCGAUGGAGCUGCCGUUGACUCCGACGGAACCCUUCAAUUCCUCUCCUCCGGCACCCUCCGCCUCGUCAACGGCUCCGGCAGCACUGUCUGGGACUCCAAUACCACACGCCGCGGCGUCUCCUCCGCCCAGCUUUACGAUUCGGGCAACUUGGUGCUCUACAACGGCACCGUUUCGGUCUGGUCCAGCUUCGACAACCCGACCGAUACGAUCGUGCCGUCGCAGAACUUCACUGUGAGUAAGGUUUUGCGAUCUGGGUCGUAUUCUUUUAAGCUUGUUAAGAAUGGGAACCGUACUCUUUUUUGGAACAAUAGUAUUAAGUAUUGGAACGAAGGAUUGAAUUCUUCUGUUAAUACCAAUUUGACUUCACCUAGUUUAGGAUUGCAGUCAAUAGGUAUUUUGUCAAUCUCUGAUUCAAGCUUGGCCACUGCGGUCAUUGUUGCUUAUAGUAGUGAUUAUGCUGAAGCUGGUGAUAUUUUGAGGUUCUUGAAGCUAGGGAGUGAUGGGAAUUUGAGAAUUUAUAGCUCCACUAGAGGUAGUGGGACUAUAAUUGAGAGAUGGGCAGCUGUUACUGAUCAGUGUGAGGUUUUCGGGUACUGCGGGGACAUGGGAGUUUGUAGUUAUAAUAAUUCCAAUCCGGUGUGUGGGUGUAUGUCGCAGAAUUUUGAGCUAGUUGAUUCGAAGGAUAGCAGGAAAGGAUGUAAAAGGAAGGUGGAGAUUGAGGAUUGUCCUCAGAGUGUGACUAUGUUGGACCUUGUUCAUACUCGGUUCUUGACGUACCCUCCCGAGACGGAAUCACAGAUUUUCUUUGUGGGUAUAUCAGCUUGCAGGUUGAAUUGUCUUGUAAAUAAUGCUUGUGAUGCUUCGACAUCUUUGUCUGAUGGCACAGGGCUAUGUUACUACAAGACACCUGGUUAUCUUAGUGGCUAUCAUAGUCCAGCUAUGUCCAGCAGUUCAUAUAUCAAGGUUUGUGGGCCGGUGAUUCCAAAUCCUUCGUCUUCAUUGGAGAGUGCUGGCAAGAAAAAGGAUUGGAAGUUGCACGCUUGGAUUGUGGUUGUUGUGGUUGUUGCCACCCUUUUGGGUUUGAUGGCAUUGGAGGUCGGUUUGUGGUGGUGGUUUUGCAGGAACAGUCCCAACUUUGGUGGAUUGUCCGCCCAAUAUGCACUUCUUGAGUAUGCUUCUGGUGCACCAGUUCAGUUCGUGUAUAAGGAGCUCCAGCGCUCAACUAAGGGGUUCAAGGAGAAGCUUGGGGAAGGAGGAUUUGGGGCUGUUUAUAAGGGCAUUCUUGCUAAUAGAACUGUUGUUGCAGUUAAGCAACUUGAGGGGAUUGAGCAAGGGGAGAAACAAUUUAGGAUGGAGGUUGCAACCAUUAGUAGCACCCACCAUUUGAAUCUGGUGAGGCUGAUUGGUUUUUGCUCUGAGGGGCGCCAUAGGCUUUUGGUAUAUGAGUUCAUGAAAAAUGGGUCCCUUGAUAAUUUCCUAUUUGCAACAGUAGAGCAGUCAGGAAAGUUGUUGAAUUGGGAGUCUCGGUUCAACAUUGCCCUAGGGACUGCAAGGGGGAUCACAUACCUUCAUGAGGAGUGCCGUGACUGCAUUGUGCAUUGUGAUAUAAAGCCAGAAAACAUUCUCAUAGAUGAGAAUUUCAAUGCCAAAGUGUCAGAUUUUGGCCUCGCAAAGCUCGUUAAUCCAAAGGACCAUAGGUAUCGAACCUUGACGAGUGUUAGAGGGACUAGAGGGUAUUUGGCACCUGAAUGGCUAGCAAAUCUUCCAAUAACUUCCAAAUCUGAUGUUUACAGUUAUGGUAUGGUUUUGCUAGAGAUAGUGAGUGGGAGAAGGAAUUUUGAAGUUUCUGAGGAGACAAAUAGGAAGAAGUUCUCCUUAUGGGCUUUUGAGGAAUUUGAGAAGGGUAACAUCAAGGGAAUUGUCGAUAAAAGGCUAGUCGACCAAGAUGUUGAUAUGGAUCAAGUGACGAGAGCAAUUCAGGUGACUUUCUGGUGCAUACAUGAACAACCAUCUCAUAGGCCAAUGAUGGGAAAAGUUGUACAGAUGCUGGAAGGAAUUACAGAUAUUGGGAAACCCCCUGCCCCGAGGGCCACCAUGGACGUGCCUACUGGUGGAACAGACAUGAAUGUGAGCAGUAAUAUUAGUGCUCUGUCCACUGCUGCAGCCUCAGCCCCAGUUCCUUCCUCAUUUUCAUUAUUUCAAAUUUCAGGAGUAUCCUCUUUAACAUCAGAGAGGAACAUCGAGAAGGCAACUGCAUCCCUUAUACACUCAGACCCAAAUUGAAUCUCAUUUCCUUACACGUGUUUUGUAUAAGAGAACCAGUUUUAGAUUCUAGUUCUUUUAAGCUGAUUCCUCCAUUCAAAUUGUUUAUAAUGAUAGUAGUAUGAUACUUUAAA